CAGAUGAAAGGAAUGUCUCUACGUAAUAGGUGGACCAGUCAUGGAUUAAACACUAAAAAUAAAGUGGUUCACUGUGAAAACUGUGACAGAGGUAAAAAUGAAGACAAUGUUUUUGUGAUCUUUUAUAUGACUUUUAUAAACAACAAGCUGUUUGCCAGCAUUAUUCCAAUACAGUUUAAUUUGAUAAUCAAACAAAUGCACAUGAGGAAAAGUAUCAAGGGUUUGAGGAAAGAUGUAAACCAAAAUAGACCUUCACCUGCACCAAAAUACACCAACACUGCAUAACUAUAUCGAUCUUCAGUGGCACCUUUACUAACAAACGCUUCUGUCUUGAGCUGAGUCCCUGAGUCUCUCAUCAUGAUUUUACACUCAAACUAUGACUAUGCAACAAUUAAAGAUGUUGCACAGCUGUCUUCGAAUAUAUUAAUGUCUGAGAUGUCAGGAAUGUCAGGAGUCAGGAGAACAACUGUGGUACUGUAUACUUUUAACUACACUUCUAAUAAUUGUUGAAGGACAUAUUUUUCCAAGUCAGGGACAGCAGUAAUCCUCAUCGUUUCCACACUAGUUGUGCUUCCUAAAGCUAUACUCUGAUGUAAGAAUUGGUGAUCUGCAUUUUACCCUCUGUGAAAAACACUACUCUUCAAUCAAAUAAUGUCUCACAAUUUACAUGUGUGCACCUCAAAUAUUCUGUAUGCUCAAAGAGGCCCAGAUUGAUGGUGAAUUUGUGGUAAGAAAGCAGCCGUGAGCCAUUUAAUUAAAUGUGAUCCAGGUCACAAGCAGCCAGACAGUUGCUCAGUUUAAAAAACAAAAGUUGAAACCAGGACACCAAUACUCAGAAAUAACUAAUCCAUCAUCUUCUCCAUCUUCAUGCACUAUUACAUGUGAGCUUUCUGUUCAGAGUGUUAUUCGUCUGGACUCCAAAAAUGUAAGACCAGCUUCUUGUCUUAAUCCCUGCUUCAGUCUUAUAUGAGCGAGUUAUGAAUGUGCACGAGUUAGUCAGUCAAAACGGCCCUCUAUUGGUGGUCACCGUCUCUCAGCGUCCUAAUCCGACACACACUAGUUAUAUAAAAUGAGCAUCCAAUCACGGCGUGGCGGUCUGCUCAUGCUGCUCUUCAGCUUCUCCUGGGCUCACAAGGACCAGGCUGCUCUGGAGCAUCAUGAUUUUUUUAGUGGACCUGCUGCUGAUGCUCAUCGACCUGACCUACUCCAUCCUGAGCGCCGUCGUCCAGACUUUCCUCCGGCCGAGGCUCAAGUGCAUUGAUGGGGAGCUCUGUCUGAUCACGGGCGCCGGGGGCGCGCUGGGUCGGCUGUUCGCCCUGGAGUUUGCCAAAGAGGGAGCGCGCUUGGUGCUGUGGGACUGCAACGCGGAUGCCAACGAGCAGACCGCCAAACUGGCCCGGGAGCUGGGAGUUGAGGUUCACACGUACACGGUGGACGUGUCCAAGCGUCAGUGCAUUUAUGAGACGGCGGACAGGGUGAGAGCAGAGGUCGGGCAUGUCUCUAUCCUUGUCAACAACGCAGGCGUGGUGGCGGGCCGGAGGCUGCUAGACUGUCCUGACGAGCUCCUGGAGAGGACUCUCCUGGUAAACUGCCAUGCGCUGUUUUGGAUGACAAAGGCCUUCCUGCCUCAGAUGAAAGCAAGGAACCACGGUCACAUCGUAACCAUUGCCAGCGCUCUUGGGCUGUUCAGCACCGCAUGUGUAGAGGAUUACUGUGCCAGUAAGUUUGGAGCGGUUGGUUUCCACGAGUCACUGACGCACGAGCUGCUAGCAGAGGCUCUGGACGGCAUCAAAACCACUCUAGUGUGCCCUUAUAUUGUAGACACGGGGAUGUUUGCAGGCUGUCAAAUCAGAAAAGAGAUGCGGAGUCUGAUUCCACCUCUAGAGCCUCUCUACACUGUGCAGCAGUCCAUGAAGGCCAUUUUGGCUGAACAGCAAAUGAUCUGCAUCCCUCGCAUUAUGUACAUCCCUUUCCUCACAAGAGCGUUGCUACCUUGGGAGGCAAACGUUGCAACGUAUCGCUUCAUGGGAGGUGACAAGUGCAUGCUGCCUUUCAUCAAGAACGUUGAAAUGAAGACGUCCAACGGCCAUAUCAAAUCGUCCUAAGCUUGUUCUGUCUUUCACUAAUGUUAAACAAUGGACCAAAGGCUCGUACUGUAUGCUCUAAAACACUGAAGGGACAGCAAAGUAUCUGGUCUCAUCUUUUUUUCCCUGGAGUUGUGAGAACUCCAGUUCAUUCAACCUUGUAUAGAUGUCUGAAGAUUCUCAGCCAUCCAGGUCAUGGUACAUCUAAAAUGAAAACAAGGGGCCUUACUUGAGUUUUCUUUAAGCUCAACCUCUGUACCAAUGAUACAUAACUAGUGAGGAGUGGCCAUUAUUAAACUUGAAGGGCAGAGGAUUGGGCCACAAAAAGGAAAUAUCUUCAAAUAAAUUAAGUUAGAUUAAAAAAUAUAUAUACGUGUUAAUACUGCAGACAGCAAAACAGAUCUAUACAAGUGCCUCUUUUUAUUCACAUAAACAAACAGUGCGGAAACAAAGACCAGACAUGAACAAGUCCAAGGGGAAACAUGCAACAGAAAAAUAUUAAGCAUCAUGUUUAGUUAUGUUUGACUACUGUCUCCAUAACCUCCAUAAAAAGGAAUUUGAACAUACAAAAAAAAGCACAUUGAAGAAAGCCCUCCCAUUUGAUUGAUGAUUCAAAAAUCCACAAUACUGUUCAAUUUUUUCUCUGCUGUUGCUGCUGAAAUAAAUUGCACCAGACCCUGAUAUCAAAA